CAACUUGUUCAGCGCUGGUUGGUAGUAGUAGCACAUAGAGCAGAAAAAAUCUUCCGUGCCGAUCGUUUCUUCAAAGAUUAUGGUUAUGUCUCUUCAUGUACAAAACACCGCAUCCGCAACCGUUUCGCCCGGUGCGACGACCAUGAGGAGCUCCGUCCUUGUGACGGACCACGCGCAAAAAAAGUCGCCGAGCCAAUUUUCAGACGAGAAAAAUGACGAUACUUUUUUUCUGGAAGAAGACCUCCAUUGUGAAGAAGGCCGUGGGAGCAGUAGUUAUAAUUUCAUCAACGAUCACGAUUCACUUCGAGAACAAGUAGAGGAAUACGAUUAUCCUUAUCCUCAGAUGAAAUCCACAUCGCCAGUGCCGGUCGAGACGUCAAGAUCAUCUCCCACGGCGUCGACGGGGGACGAGGGGGGCCACAAGAUGAACUCCGGUAACAUAUCAUCAACAGCGUCAGAUAAAGCUAAAUCAACCUUCUCCGUCGCCACGAUCGUUGCUAUCUGGUACUGCUGUGGCAUUUCCGCGGUGCUCCUUUCGAAGGAGAUUCUCGACAUCCAAAAGUCCGGCGUCGUAGUGUUUUGCCUCUGCAGCCACCUCGCGGAAACCUGCUGUUUACUCCUGUUUGUCGCCUUGACGGAUGUCGUGCCGCGGAUAUGUGCAAACUGGACGGCUUUUGGACCGGAGUGGAGGAUGUUUAUUUUGGGGGGCAGUGACUCGACUACGACCGACGGGGUCGCCCACGUGCCUACUUCUAGCGUGGUCAAGACCGACGAACAGAGACAGGGACACCCACACCUCCUAGAUUCGGACAGGACAACAAUAAAUAACCAAGCUGGAGCUUCAUCAGUCCCUAAAACAGUUCGACGCCCACGAAGUACAAGUAGCUCAUCUCAGGACCACCGCGCGGAUGGUACAACAACUCCAGAUAAUGUUAAUGAUCAUGUCCUCGUACGUACACUAAAUACAAAUGAACUUGAGCGAGACCGCGUCGAAGAGGUCGUGGCCGCAGAAGAUGUUGAACAAGACACGACGUCAGCCGCGCGAGGAGAUACAACUACAGCUAGCACUGGUACUACUCCUGGUCGUAAAAAUGGCACUUCAUCUUCAACAAGAACAAGCCCCUCGUAUUCCAAGUACCAUUAUUUCUUCCUGGCCUCGGGUUUUUGCAACGCCGUCGCUACGGUGUCCAACAUUAAGGGACUCCGCCACCUGAUCGGCUGCCAGUACCAGAUGUUCCGGGGCGCCCGCGUCUUUUUCAUCGGUCUGAUCACGAUUCUCGUUUUGAAGCGACGGCUGAAAAAGCGGCAGCUUCUCGGGAUGUUAUUCACGCUAGUCGGAAUAGUGGUGGUCAGUCUGACGGCAAUGCAGGCAAGUAACGAAAACGAUGGCGGAACCCCAGCCCCUGGAGGUGGUUCUUCGGAGAAACGCGCGGUCGCGCAUUCACGCCUCCAAGAAGACAACUUCAACAAUAAUUAUGCUCAGCGCCAUGAAAUAUUAGCCGGAGGUCAACAACACUAUGCCACUGCGUCUGCUUCAGUAGAGCUAGAGGCUCGCCCUGGUAACCAGAAUCAGAAAAACAAGUUUUUGCCAAAGCAGGUGGUGCGAAAAGCUGUGGAGGACGGACAGCAGGCGACCACCAUUGAUGGUUCUGGUCACGGUCGUUCAGCGGAUAGUACGAAUGAGCCGCAGGUGAUAUCAGACGUGCUUUCGGUGCAGCAACAGCAACAGGUGGACGACGAGGAGCACGAGCAUUUACAGCAUGAUGUAGUCGCACAGAAGUCCUCUCCAUCUUCUGCUACGAACUCAAUAGCGAGUGAUGCGCCUUCAACUACGAAAGGUGGUGAAGCAGUUAAAGUACCACGACACGACGACCUGGGCUAUUCGCGCCUCCGCGACGAGGAAGUUCCAAAACUCCACAGCAAGUCUGUUUCUGAUGAGCGCGCUAGUGUCAAUGAGUAUCGUCGCUCAGGAGUAGUAGAAACCAUUUUCGCACGACGAGCAGCCCCCCCUAUAAUAGAAGAAGUAUCAACAGCAUCACCACCCACUUCUCCUGGCCCUGUUCCAGUUCCUUCCCCCUCCAGCUCAACGUCAACGCUUCACGGCGUUCUGUGGUGCACACUGGGUGCGUUCAUGGGUUCCUGCCAGAUAUGCCUCCAGGAAUACAUCUACAAACACGCACCGCAGACGCCCCCGCUGUUUUCCAUCGGGAUUGAAGGGGUGGUCGGGGUACUCCUCGUCCUCACCGUCAUCGGUCCCGUGUUUCUGUUUCUCAUACCGCCGGAAAAAAUAAGAAGCACGACCUCUGCUCUUUCCCAGUACGAAAUCGAGCAGAACGUGCUACGGGACUUGUUUGUGGAGGAAAACCAAACAAAGAUCCGGCUCCUGUUCCUGUUCUACAUGCUGUGCAACGCGGGCGCUGCCUGCUUGGGAUCGCUCGUGGGAAAGUUGCUCUCGUCGAAUGGACGGGCGAUCUUGGAGUCCAGUCGUACCAUUGCCACCUGGAUGGUAGAGGUCGGGAUGCUGAUUGUUGCUGUGCUGAUUGCAGCCGGGAAUUCUAGUGACACGACAGGAGUAGAUCAUGGUACGACAGCGACAUCACCGAGUACAGCUUCUCACCCAGCAACUACUUUUACUUCAUCUGACGCUCGUUCGGAUCCUCCUCCUGCUGUAAGAACCUCUGACUCGUCUCCGUCCACUGCAACAGAGCUUCUGCACGAGAAACUCGACGUAACCAAGUUUCUCUGGUGGACGGAAAAGUUUGGGUUUCUGUUUCUCUUGCUCGGCACAGCGCUGUACUUUCAAUUGAUCAAAUUAGAAGGAAUUUUUGAAAACAGCAACAGGUGUUGCAACUCUAGGCAACAUGAAGAAGCAGAUAACGACCGCAGGAAUAUCAACGAGGACAGAAGACGAGAGCAAGAACAGCAUGAAGAAGCUGCAGACCGCAGAGCGUUUGACGACAACUUGGAUGAAGAUGACUGUUUGAUGUUCACAGCCGCGGAAGAUGAUAUUACCACGCAGCGCAGCCGGAACAAGCGAGAGCUCACUCCCGAGAUGAUUUCCAACAACAGCGUACCCACCCUGUCAAAGGAGCUGCGGGCCUACAGUACCGAAAGUGAGAUGGUACCUGUGUUCCCCCGGCCACGGGCGUCCAGUAAGUAACGUCGAGCAGGGGGGUUCGCUUGUAAUCGAAGUUUUGGCUCAGCUUCUGUUCUAUAUUCAUUGCGUAUAUCGUCUAUCACAAGUUAUACUUCGUGAACAGGUGCACUCCUGAAAAUAUUAGAUGCUAAGAAAAUAAAUACAGUUUGUUAUCUCCAACUCCGUUUUUCAGCCGCCACAACCGCAUAAGUAUCCAUGGGCAGAGGGAGAGCUCGAAGAACUUAAAAACACAUCAGCGACAUCACGCUGAUCACGGUCUACUUAACAUAUUGAGCACACAACUCUCGAAUGAAAGAGAGGAUAUAUGAUUUCAUCGUACUUGAUGACGAGAAGUUCUGCAGCUCCUAGUAAAUCUAACAGGAACGAACUGGGAUUCAUCAAGAAACAGAAAGAAACCACGUCAUGUUGACCACAUGUACAAAGUCUUCACAGGCCAGAUCCACAAUGCUGCAAAUGAAAGUGAAACUCGUAUCUCGGUUGUUGCAUUUAUUUUUGGCUUUGGAAAGCAGGAUGUUGUAUGUUGAGUUGUAUUCGCAAAAUUAGAAGGUCACAGUCAGUCAAACUCAUACCAACACGCGAAAGAGCUGCACAAGAACCCG